GGAGCCUCCUCAACAGUUUCUUCUAGAUGGGUGUAGUGGCUCACACCUUUAAUCCCAGCACUCGGGAACCAGAGGCAGGCAGAUUCUGAGUUCGAGGCCAGCCUGGUCUAUAUUGUGAGUUCCAGGACAGGCAGGGCUGUAGCAUGAGACCCUAUCACAAAAAAGCAAACUAAACAUACAAUCUUCUGAAGUCUAGCACUCACGGCAAGGCGCUGCUGUGGUCCUCAGCAGGAGGCUGGGAGACCUCAGCCAGUUCCAGCUGGCCACUCCCUCGGGGCCGUCUCCCAGCUUUCCUGUGAUCCUCACGUAGCUGGCCAUCACAGAGCUCUGUGACAGCCUUCCUUACCCUGUGCUGCUCCCAGGCCAGCCGGGGACAGUCAGCAAGCGGCAGGACUGUGUUCCAGCACGCACAAGAGAGAAGCAUGCCUUCAGAUGAGUGGUCAGCAGCUGAGGAUGAAGGCCAGCUGUCCCGUCUCCUCAGGAAAUCAAGAGACUCCCCCUUCGUCCCUGUGGGGGUGGCCGGCUUUGUGGCUGUGUUGUCCUAUGGUCUUUACAAGUUAAAGUCCAGAAGAGAGGAGAAGAUGUCCCUUCGUCUCAUCCACGUGCGGGUUGCCGCCCAAGGAUGCGCCGUGGGAGCUGUGACCCUAGGUGUUCUCUAUUCUAUGUAUAAGGAUUACAUCAGACCUCGGUUCUUCAGUGUAUCCAAAAAAUAAAGCCAGAAGCUGGAAGCAAGGAAGAAAGAUCCUACUGCGUGCUGAUCAUUGGAAAAAAGGGAUCCCACUGUGUUCCAAUGACACUGCAGAAUGCCUCGCAGAAUUCUCAUAAAGUCUGUGCUCA